AAGGCUAACCACUGGGGAUAUAAAAACAAAAGACAGUCCCCACCCUAAGGGAAGAGACAGCAUGCAAAUAGCCAUGUACAAGCACUGGAUAUACGGUAUAAAUAGGGAAUUAUGAGCAGAGGCAAGGGACUAGAAUGAAGAGGGAUUGGGAAAUCCUUCCAUAUGGACAUUGACUGGCCCAAUAUCAGGGUAGGGUUUGAGGAAGAGAGGAAGGCAAAGGAGCCAACCUGUUGCACUGAUCUUGAAGGCUGGCUCCUCAUGAAGAUCUGGACUGGGUGACAUAGACCUAAGGUAUGACCAGAAGCAGAAGAGAGGUUUCUGAGUGCUGGUGCCAAAGCAAGGGUUUGGGAAUGACAGUGAGGAUGGCCAGUCCUCCUUCCAGCUCAGGGUGCCAUGGGGCAUGCUAGAAGGAGCACUCAGUGCCACAGAGGGCAUCACGACUGGGGCCUGCUCAAGAGGCUCUGCUUGCUGUGAGCAGAUGGAGACAAUGGAGUUAAGAAGCUCAGGAGAAAGGAGAAGUUGGUUAGGGAGUGAUCCCAGUGGGCAUAAUGGAAUGGGAGGGUAAGGGAGGCCAGGGGAAAAUGGCAGUUUUGUGGUGGGUCAGGGAUUUCUGGUAGCAGUCAGAGAUUCUGUUUCACUGGGAUUAGGAGAGUGGGAGGCAUGAAGUUGCUGCCUACUGGAUUGAGGAGACAGCAGAGGGCUGCAGUCUUAACCCCCAGGGUCCUGUGGUGAGGGAGGGCAGCCUUGGUACAGUGUGCCAGCUACCAGCACUGGGGAGUGACCACUCAACCCUGGAGAUUGGUUCCUCUGGAACUGGCCUGAAUUCACACAUGGGGCCAAUUCUUUGGGUUCUUCUCCGCAUAAGCAGAAGACACUUUUGGAAAGCUUGUGCUCAGUGGUCAGGCAGGCCUUAUGUCUGAGGGUGAGCUUGCCUGUCUCUCUGGUCCUUGGUCUUCAGCCCUGCCCUUUCAGGACUGACCAUGGGCUCAGAGACCUUCUUCCUUUGAAGUGCUUCCCUGGUGGUGAGUUGUUCUCCAGGUCUUGAGGAUUUGGUCUCAUAGUCUUUGAAAGACGGGCCUCCUGAUGAGAGCCUGGGUCUCUCUGAGGGAGAGAUCACAGCAAGAAGUUCUUCAGCUCAUAUAUCUCAGAGUGGAAGAGUGUGUGGCCAGGCUUCAGUGGGUGGAGGCAGUGGGUCCAGCUACCACAUCCUGAAGCUGAUCUCUCUUGGGGCUUUUGGCCUCUUCCUAUCUGCUCAGUGAAGUCUAGAAAGCUCAGGCCCAAGGCUCACCAUGGCCCUGGCUCCCAUUUCCCUGUUCUUCCUAGGGCUAUGUUGCAUCUACAUGCUUAGGGCACAGAUAGGAUCUCUCCCCAAGCCAUUCCUCUCAGCCCUGCCAGGUCCUGUGGUGGCACCAGGAGGGGAGCUGAUCCUCUGGUGCAGGAGGCCGUCAGAGUCAUUUGACUGGUUGGUGACAUUCAGUCUACUGAAGUCAGGGACCCAGGAACCCUUACAGAAGAAGGACCUAGUCUAUUCUCAGGCUAAGUUCUCCCUAAAGUCUCUGGGGGUCCAGGACUCUGGGAACUAUAGGUGCAUUUACUAUGAGACGUCAAGCCCACAUGUCAAGUCUGAACCCAGUGAUGUCCUGGAGAUCUGGGUGACAGACACCCUUCCUAAGCCCUCUCUCUCAGCCUGGCCCAGCCCUAUGGUGACCUCAGGGGGGGAAGUGACCCUCCUAUGUCGGGGGCCAGUGCGGGGCAUGAGGUUUGCUCUGUACAAGUAUGGAGAGGAGGCACCUGUGGGCACCAGUGAGUGGACUCAAGAUGGAGCUGAAUUCCCUUUGAUCCAUGUGAGCAUCAAUCGGAGUGGAAGGUGUAGGUGCUGCUAUCUGCUUGUGACAGACAGCCCUAUCUUGGCCCUGCCCAGUGACUCCCUGGAACUUAUAAUACAAGGAAUGCAGGAUGCUGCCUCUGAGGUGACAGGUAAGUAUGAGCAGAUGAGGGCAAUAUCUGCUCACCUCUGUGGGCCCAAACCCAACUCUUACUGUAGAAGGUUGGGGGAUGGACUGGUCAUGAUGGUCAGGAGAAUGUUUGCAGGACAGGCAAAGGGGCAAGGGGAAGGAUUUCCUGAGUUCGUUGGAGUGUGAGGACUGAUCUACACUCACCACCACUGUCCCAACUCAGCAUGCAGAAAUAUUCUGAUCACCAUUGGCCGCAGCUCCAUCUUCUUCCUCCUUCUCGUCUUGGCUUUCCUUGGCUAUCGCUACACUC